GUUCGCCGACGCCACGUGGUGGCCCAGAGCCGGUUUCGCUGUGUCGACGCCUGAGAACGCGCGCGUAUCUUUCUCACGCGCGACGGUCAUACGCGUGCUUACGCCCGCGCCGAUGCCUCUCUGCCAGUAACGUAUGCACAUCGAUGGUCGCGGUCGGCCGCCGAUCUCAAGUGACGUCGCCUGCUCGACGCACCGCAAUGCGCCUCGAUCGCACCUCGCAGGGAAGAGCCAGAUGGUCCACGUGGCAACCGGAGCGGUCGCGAUCACAACCUAAUGUAAAGAGACGCGCGAGCGCGUAGCGUGUUUUUGUGGGCACGACAAAGACCGGAGAACGCAUUUGAUCGCGUGUGGGCGAUCGUUGGUGUUGGAUCAUUUUCCAUCUUGCGCCGCCAUGUGCUCGUCCACCAUUAGCCGGCCGCUCAUCUUCGUCGACGACGCAUUGCAUGCGACUGACGCCCCCGUGACCUUCAAGGCCAUGGACGCCGACGCCACGUCGUCCGAGGGCAACAGCGACGUGGAAGAAAGCAGCAGCAGCACCAAGUCGUCGCCGCCCGCCAAGCACUCGAAGACGAUCAAGGACGUUGCCCUCGGGUCGCUCUUCCAGCACCUCAAGGACAUCGACUUGAACGACAGCGACAAGGCGGCGUUCGCACUCGACUCGUUCCGCCACCGCCUCGAGACACUCCGCACAACCAAGCGCCGGCGCCGAUCGACGUCGUCGAGCCCCAAGAUUGAACCCGAGGAAGCGCCCGAAGUCGUGGCCCCCAAGGUGCCCAUGGCCCGCGUCACGCUGCCGCAGCGCCACCACAUUCACACCCACCACGUCCACCAUACGACCGUCGAACCCUGUGUCGAAGGCAAGGUCGAAGCCACGAUCGAAGCCAAGGCGGCGGCCAAGGCGACGUUGUCGUCGUCUUCGUCGUCCACGUCGUCGGACGACGACGAAAAGAAGCACGUUCAUUUCGCCGACGAAGUGCACCCGGUUGCGCACGUCGACAUGUCCAAGCACCACGCGAGCCGCCCGCGCCACUUUGCGCCGUUCGUGCCGUCGGCACCGUACGUGCGCCCAGCGCGCGUCAAGCACAGCGCCAAGCACCAGCAGCACGCCGCAACGCAGCAGGCGAUCCACGAGCUGCAUAACUCGCUCAAGGGCAUGCUCUUCCCCGAAACCAUCGACGCCACCGAGGCGCCUGAAGCACACGUACCCAAGCCCCACGUGCGCAAGCCAUUUGUGCCACCUGUCGUUGUCGACGAGAAGACGACGACGACGGCCGAGGACGAGGUGAAGGACGACGUCAAGGUUGAGGAGCCAGUGCGCAAGGAGACCAAGCUGCCCAAGGUGACGCCCAAGGUGCACAUUGGUGGCAAGCGCGACUGCUUUGAUGAAGAGACGGCCACGGCGCCGCCCAAGAUCCACUGCCCGUCGAUCCACCCGCAUGAGUACCCCGAGUUCAAUUUGUGGUACAUGCUCUUCCUCGCGUUCCUCGUCGUCUACGUCACCAUGCACCAGUAAACACCCCUCCCUUCGCCGUUUUGUGUACAACUUACUAUUCUCUAAUGCCUAAUACUACUACUAAUCUACUGCAAA